GGGUCCAUCUACGGCAUUGAUCGUCGACAAAGAGAGCCAGACAAAGUGAACGACAGAACAAAAGCGGUAACUGGGCAACCAAAAGAGCUUCAAUCUGAGCAUCUGCUAUAUACGCAGAUGCCUUUGAUGCAGGUAGGCUCGUCAAGGAGCAAUGCUUUGCGGCUGAGCGCAAUCUCACGUCCAUGGCUUGGCCGGUUGGGCACCCCAUGCGGCUCGCAACAUUUCUAAAAGGGAAGUAAUAUCGAAGCUCCCAGCUGUUGCUUUGUCUGGCUUCGCACCUGGCCGAGACUUCAAGGGCAAAAUGGCACGUCAAAUACCUAGCAGAGUGGCUCAGGUAGGCCGCGCCGGAUGUACCAUUUAAUGUGGGCGAGAGACGAGAGGCAUCUCUUUCUCCAGGAGCCUGCUUUGCCUGCUUCCUGCAGAAUACCGCUUUCUCUGGAUAUAUAUUCUAGAAUGACGACGACUUACCAAACACGCGACGAGACUAGCCUAUUAGGGCGCUUGUGGGUCCGUCGGAUUUUGCCCAAUCCUCGACGUCUUUUCGCGCACCUUUCGCACUUCCUUUUGCGUCAGAGACAGGGGCGAGAGAGAUCGGGGAAAAGGAAUGAGGAGCGGUUCGAACCCACUCCAACCUGUUCGCCCUCCCUUUAUAUGACCAUACCCGAGCUACCGAUAGAGAUCGAGAUGAACCCAUCAGGUCACAUACCACCACCAGCACCACCACAACGCGAUCAACAAAUGCAAGCAGCAGUCGAUGCUACGUUGCGACGCAUACUAUCUAAGGAGCCGGAGCCUCUGGAACCCGAUAACGACGAGCUAAAGGCCAUAUUCAAGUUGUCUAUCGCCGCCCGCCAGAACUUCGCGAAGUCGAUGGCCUCCGCCCUCCAGCAGCCAAAUGUAGAUCCAAACUUGACGGCCAAGGUCAUCGGUGCGCACGUCGAUGCGAUCAGGCUCACUUGGCGUCUCUUCCCCAUCAAUAAAUUCCCCGUUGAAAUCCUCGCCAAAAUUUUCGGCAUGGUCGCGUGGAGUGUUCCAGAUGCGCAGGGUGGGGUCAUUGCUCGUAUGCGCUUGACGUGGGUUUGCAAGCAGUGGAGAGAGGUUGCGGUCAACAAUCGGUCGCUGUGGAGCUCCAUCUGGUUCAAUGAUCGCUUUCCCUACACCCGAUCCCUUCUCUUUCUCGACAGAGCUGGUUCUGCCCCCCUCGAUAUACGUCUCAACGAACAUAUACGAUACUUCGUGAGUAGGGGGGAUCCUGCGGAGGAGCUUUCCGCGGAGAGGACGCGUUUCGUCAUGGGCAAGAUACUAGCGAAGGCAGACCAGAUACGUAGGCUUUUCAUCCUGGUCGAGAACUGGCCGGGUAUGCUUGUCGCCCAGGAGAUGUUGCAGAACGCUCCUCGUCCUAUGUCACAACUCCAACAUCUGGAGCUGCACCGCACUGGACGUUUCGAUUCGACCGCUAUGGACAUCGAUCCCAAUCCAUUCAGCAACCCCACGGUCCUUUCUGGACGCAUCAUUCCGGCUCUCACCCAUCUCACUCUCAACGGCACCCACAUCGACUGGCAGAACUCUUCCCUCUCUAAUCUGACGACCCUUGAUCUUCGACGUAACUCCGUCCGUGGGAUGCCUCCCAUUCACGUCUUCCUGGACGUUUUACGUGCCAGCCCCCGUCUCCACAAGCUCUGCUUGGACGGUGCCGCUCCAGCCCCACCCAACGAAACCCCCGCAGAGAACAUGUCCCCCGUCGUCUUCGCCAAUCUUGCGAUGCUUUGCAUCGGCGAUUUCAGCCUCCAAUAUUGCAUCUAUCUCGUCUCUUGGAUCAUCGCUCCGAACGUCCUCGACCUCACGCUUCAAAAUCUCAACGCAGAGGACUUCGGAUUGUUCCUCAAGUCGAUUACCGGGAAAUUCCCGCGGGUCCACGUCCUCACCCUCACGGCGUUCGAGGUUGAUGAAAUUCGUCCGAACGAAAGGAUUCUUUCUCGGUGGUACCAUUCCAUGCCAGACGUCACGUAUCUGCGUCUGAGGCAGAUCACCCCGAUGAUCCUGAACGUGCUCAAUGCGGACUUCCGUUUCCACAAGAACGACGACAUCCCGAUAACCAUGUCGUUCCAAGAGUACGAGGCGAUUCAAAAUGGUCCAGGUGAAUGGAUCCCGUUGUUGCCCAAACUCAUCUCGCUGGAGUUCGGCUUUGUCCGUGUCGAGGACGUGAUCCACUACGCAACUACCAGGAUCAAAAUAAACAAGCCCCUAACCGCCCUCCUCGUGGAAAGGAAGUAUUGCGAUACUUUGGAUGAGUUGGUGAAGGAGAAACUCAAGAAAGUAGCCAGGGUCUACACCACGCGAAUGGUACCGCCCAGCAGUCAUGCUGAUCUGGGGGUGAGAGGUCUGUUGUUGGCCCCACCUAAUAUUCGGGCGGGCUCUAGGUUGGGUCCUGUCACUCAUGUUUGAGUGUGGCGGGGGACCUGGUUGUGUCGCACAAACUACGCAGGUGUGGAGAAUUUGUCUCAUCUAUCACGUUUUGAUCUUGCUUGCUUCGAUCUUUGCUUUCAUCUUCCG